UCGUCAAACCAGUGUAUUGAGUUGAGGAUAGUGAACGGGGGAUAAACAGCAGCUCCGGAGAUCCCACGAAGUUCGAGUGCCCUGAAGGGAGGAACUGCUUUGCAUUACCGACGCGUUUAGACCCCAACAAGACAAUUUACAGAGGAUUGUUGUGGACGUGCACUUACCUUGCUCCUGGCCCGUUCCAUCCGGAGUUAUACCAAGAGGGACUCCAUGAAAGAUGACAGAGGAGGUGAUUGUUAUAGCCAAGUGGGACUACACUGCCCAGCAGGACCAGGAACUUGACAUCCGGAAAAACGAGCGCCUGUGGCUGCUGGACGACUCCAAGACGUGGUGGCGGGUACGGAACGCCUCCAACCGCACCGGCUACGUCCCGUCCAACUACGUGGAGCGCAAGAACAGCCUGAAGAAAGGCUCGCUGGUCAAGAACCUGAAGGACACUCUGAGCUUUAAGACCCGGCGGAAGACCAGCGCCUCGCCGACUCCCAGCACAGACGGCGAGUACCCGUCCAACGGCAGCGGCAGCGGCGGCGGCGGGGGCGGCGGGGGCAUGGGCACGCUGACGUCGGGCGCCGAGCGCAUCUACGACCUGAGCAUCCCGGCCGUGGUCAAGUUCUCGUACGCGGCGGAGCGCGACGACGAGCUGACCCUGGUGAAGGGCGCGCGCGUGGUCGUCAUGGAGAAGUGCAGCGACGGCUGGUGGCGCGGCAGCCACGCCGGACACGUGGGCUGGUUCCCCUCCAACUACGUCCAGGAGGAGAUGACCGCCGGCGGCGGCGGCCUCGACGUGGGGUACGGCCUCCAGCGGGCGCCCUCCGUCUCGUCCUCGGGCGUCAUCGUGUCCAACGGCUGGGCCACGGCCGGCGGGCGACCGGGCGGCGGCGGCGGCGGUCGGUCGGCCGGCGUGCUCCACGUGGUCCAGACGCUCUACCCGUUCAGCUCCAUGACGGAGGAGGAGCUCAACUUCGAGAAGGGCGAGACCAUGGACGUGCUGGAGAAGCCCGACAACGACCCCGAGUGGUGGCGCUGCCGCAACGCCCGCGGCCUGGUGGGCCUGGUGCCCAAGAACUACGUGGCCGUCCUCAGCGACGGGCACGACGCCGCCUCGGCCGCCGGGGCCUCGGUGGUGCCCGGCAGGGGCUACCACACGCUCACGGGCGGCAUGCGGGGGGGCAGCGGUAGCGGCGGCGGCGGCGGAGGAGGAUCGCGGCCCGGCUCGCCGUACACGGGCGGCGGCGGCGGCGGUGGCGGUGCCCUCCUGCGGCCCUCGCGCACGGGCAAGUUCGCCGGCAAGGACUGGUACUACGGCGCGGUGACGCGGCACCAGGCCGAGUGCGUGCUCAACGAGAGGGGCGAGGAGGGCGACUUCCUGGUGCGCGACAGCGAGUCCUCGCCGAGUGACUUCUCGGUGUCGCUGAAGGCGGAAGGGAAGAACAAGCACUUCAAGGUGCAGCUGCUGGACGGCGCCUACGGCAUCGGGCAGCGCCGCUUCCCCAGCAUGGACGAGCUGCUGGAGCACUACAAGAGAGCGCCCAUCUUCACCAGCGAGCACGGAGACAAGCUCUACCUGGUCAAGGCCCUGGCCUGAGCAAUCAAGCCGUCCAACACCUCCCCCCCUAACCCCCGUGCCCACUUCCUAACCACACACACACACACACACACACACACACACACACACACACAGCCUGUCCCAGAUGCUCUAUCCACCCACAGCCACCUCUUCCUCUCCUCCUCCUCCUCCUCCUCCUGCUCCUGCUCCUCUUCUCCUUCCUGUUGAGCUUGUCAGCCCCAAGGGCCCAGACUAUGGGGACCCCAUGGGGGUGGGGGU